UAUUGAAAAUUUCAAAUAUCAAUUUUUAAAAUCAAAAUCAACACUUUUGCAUUUGGUCAUGUGAUACUCUUUAUUCCAAAAUGGCGGGUGGUUUAUUAUGACAUCCGAGUCUGUCGCCCGGGGGUUGACAUGUAUGAGAUACGGUAUUGUAGAGAUGUGUAGUUGUUUCGACAUUUUGGAAUCGUCGCUGGAGUAACCGUGAAUAUGGAAAGAAAGAGAUCAGACGAUAUUGUGUCUCUUGAUUCAUGGAAUGAUGCCAUUUCGACACCUGAGAGUGAAUCACCGAAGUCCCUAGCGGAUGCACUCAUGGAGGACGCGAAUAUUGGUAAAACGUACGGUAAAAAACGAUCUGCGCGAAGAAAUCACCGCAGUAGAUCUCACAGUGAUCGUGAUAGGGAUCAAAUGAAACAGGCCGAUGCCGUGAUACUCAGUCCAUCCAAGUUUCUUGAUCAACAGAAUGGAGAAAGUGAGGCAACGUCGACAGGUGUUUUUGAAUCACGUGAACCGGACAUAUUUUCAGACAGAUUGAUAGAACGAGAGACUCUAACGGGUACCCAUGCAAAAUCUAAACGAGAAAAUGAAUUUGGGAAGAAAUCUCCAAUACAAACUCGUUCAGGAAGCUCAAAUGAAGAUCAGAGACACGCCAAGAUUGUUCAAGGGUGGGUUGGAGAAUUGGAUGAAGAUCAAACUAAAAAUACUUGUCAACGACAUAGAUCAAAGAAACCUAGCAGUCAUCAGCAAAACCAGAAGUAUAACCCUCAUUCACAACAGUGUGACCGCUGUCAACAGCACCAGUCUGGUAAAUCCAAAGUGAUGUCGCAGUCGUGGCAGACACAGCCUCAUCAAUACCAACCCCAGCACCAUCCGCGAGCACGUCACCUUCAGCAAAAGCACUGGAUGGGUCAUGAAAGACUCACCAAUGUUUUGCAGUAUCCGCCAACAGCCACAUAUCCUCCAUCUUCCAGAAAUACACACCAUUCCUCUCAAAAUGAAGAAGACAUUGACCAAAGUGAAAAAAUGAAAAACAAACUAUUGUCUGUUUGGAACAAUGUUCGAUAUGGCUGGACACUGAAGACUAAAACAAAUUUUAAAUGUGACAGUCCCAUAUUUCUACUCGGACAGUGUUACCAUAUUAGACCAAGUGAUGAUGCCCCACUUCCUGGGGAGAAAAUAUGCAUGGUCCCUACAGUGGAGAAGUUCAAACAGGAUUUCUCCAGCCAGUUGUGGUUCACCUACCGCCAAGACUUUCCGGCCAUCACCGGCACUAAACUCACGUCAGACUGUGGGUGGGGUUGUAUGCUCCGGAGUGGUCAGAUGAUGGUGGCAAGAGCUUUUGUCAACCACUUUCUUGGCAGAGAUUGGAAUGUGUUCAGAGAUCAGUCGUUGGGAGAAGAAACUUACAGAAAACAAAUUAUUCGAUGGUUUGGAGAUUUUCCAAGUGAACAAUCUCCAUUUUCUAUCCACCACCUAGCGGAAAUAGGGAAGAAGCUGGGGAAAGACCCUGGGGACUGGUACGGGCCUUCUUCUGUCGCACACAUUCUGAGAGAUGCCAUGCUCAGAGGUUACUCAGCCCAGCCAGUCCUAGCCGAUACCUGUAUCUAUGUAGCACAAGACAGUACAGUGUACAAAAAGGAUAUUUACGAGAUGUGCAGUAAAAGGGCAAGAUCAGUUACAAGGCUUACAAGUUCGACAGAAUCGGAGACAGACGGGGCCAAAACUAAAUCUGUAGAGGAGGAGUAUGAAUGGAGACGAGCUGUGAUCAUAUUAGUACCGAUACGUCUCGGGAGUGAGGAAAUGAACCCUGUAUAUGGACCAUGUAUCAAAAGUCUGCUAGCUCAGGAUAACUGUAUCGGAAUCAUAGGAGGAAAACCUAAACACUCUCUAUACUUCAUAGGGUUUCAGGAUGACAAACUGAUCUACCUGGACCCCCAUUACUGUCAGGAUGUUGUCGACACAAGGGAGAGAAACUUCCCUGUACAGUCCUACCAUUGUCUGUCACCAAGGAAAGUUUCUUUGUCCAAGAUGGACCCUAGCUGUACUGUAGGUUUCUACUGUAAAACCAAGAAGGAGUUUGAAACUUUUGUUUCACAGUCAGAAGCGAUGGUGUCACCACCAAAACAGAAACUCUCCUACCCCAUGUUUGUGUUCAGUGAAGGACGUGGCUCUGAGCUUAACCUAGACAGCCUGAGCCUAGAGGAAGACAAACUGCUUCGUAUCCGACACGUCAAGACCGACCAGUAUGGUCGAAUACGUUCAUCAACAGUCGAUUCCGAGGAGUUUGUAGUGUUGUAUAACACAUUUGACCCCUGUGACCUAGAAAUAACUGAAACCCUCAUUAGGAAGCGAGCAGAGCAUAACAAUUUAGAGAUCUCAACACUUGAAGAGGUGACCUUGCAUCAACAGGAUAUUGAAAAGAUUGAGUAUAUUGAUAAAUGGUGUCGGGAACUGAAGAUUCUAUACUUACAGAGCAACCUUAUCCCCAAAAUCGAAAAUGUUUCAAAAUUGAAAAAGUUGGAGUACCUCAAUCUUGCUUUGAACAAUGUAGAGAGAGUAGAGAAUUUAGAAGGUUGUGAAUCACUUCAGAAAUUGGAUUUAACUGUAAACUUCGUUGGAGAAGUAACCAGCAUUGAAUGUCUUAAAGAUUUGGUUCAUUUUAAAGAAUUGUACCUGACAGGGAACCCAUGUGCCCAGUUUGAGGGCUAUCGAGAGUAUGUCAUUGCAACUCUUCCCAGAUUAAAGAGAUUAGAUGGAAUAGACAUUGAAAAAUCUGAGAGAAUCCUAGCCUGUCAGGAUUAUGGCACAGUUAGGGCAGAAAUCAUUCGUCAACAGAUACAUCACAGGAAGAAGCGGGAAAAAGAGAAGAGAGAAGCCAAAUUGCAGGAAGAGCGAGAGAAAAAGGAAAAAGAUCCUGAAGAGGGAACAAAGGAGGAGAAACCUGGAUUUGAUGGGCGUUGGUACACAGACAUAAACGACAGUGAUAAAAAGAAAAGUGAGGAAGAAAAAAAGCUAGCAGAAGAAAAAAAGAAAAAAGAAUUUCUUGACAAGGAGAAAGAGGAAGAUGACAAGGAAAAGGAGUACUGGGAGAAGCCGUGUGCGUUUACCCCGGAGUCUAGGAUAGAAGUCCACAAUCAUAUGAAGGAGCAAAGAGAACGCAAUGAGGAACCAAAAGAAAAGCCCAAACCCCCGCGGCGGAUGUUUAUGGAUGAUGGACGACCAUUGAAUAUAAACGAAGCAAAGGUCGAUUUCAGUCUUGUAGAAGACGAGGAAAAUAACUGCUAUGUUCUGGAUAUAGCUAUAUUCAAACAUAUGGACACAUCCUUGAUUGAUGCCGAUGUCCAGACCAACUACGUUCGCAUUACACUGAAGGGCAAGAUUCUUCAACUAUGUCUGGACCAAGAUGUGAAUGCUGACUCAAGUACAGCGAAGCGGUCACAGAUCACUGGUCACCUAUUGGUUACUAUGCCAAAGGCAAAGCCGAUGUUGACAGCACCCAAACCAAAACUUAAAGUUCAAGAGAAGAAUAAAGAAAACAAAGAAAACAAGACAACAGAAAAACAGAACAAGACUAAGGAGGAGAAACUUGAGGUUGAUGCGUCUGUACAUAAAACUGUAGACAUUGCUGGUAUCAUGGAAAACAGUAAAAAAACUGUCCCACCUCUUGGUGCAAAUGUCCGCCGUUCAGUGGCUGAACGUCCAAACAGCGAAGACUUCGUUGACGAUCCAGAUGUUCCGCCUUUAAUGUGAUAUCUUUACUACAGAAUCCACAAGGAUCUCAAAUAUGUAAUUUAUUACUUCGAAAAAUUCCAUGGAGAGGAUUAGAGAACGAACUAAAUCAAGUUAGAGUGCUGCCGACUCUCUCCCUUCAUCAUCAUACCAUAGUUCAUAUAUUUUGAGAUUUAUGAAUCAGAAGUUUAGAAUUCUUCAGUAACGUUUGCUAAGCAAUUUAUUUUUUAUCUUUAUUAUUUUCAUCUUACAUCAAAUACAGAAAUCUAUUGUUUCUAAUACAUUUCAAGGACUCACACAACUAAAUGAUUUAUUACAUGUAUAUGUUAUCACUAGUGACCCCAUCCCUUCAUUCGCUCGUUUGAAGUUCAAAUGAUGUGAAAUUUA